AGUCGCGAACGAGAAACAGCAGAAGAAGCCACGCAUAUCAUGGACAAACUCGUCUUACCAUCUCCACAGUUACUUUGACUAAACACACAUGCAAGAAUGGCAACGACAAAGAAGUUUCGUGUUGCUCACCUGACAGCUUGUCUUCUGUUAGUGGUGCUUCUGUCUGAGUAUCGGGCUCAUGCUUCGGACGAACAAACGAAAACGGUGGAGUUUGACGUGAGACCGGGAGGGACGAUGUACACCUUCACCGAGUCAAUUGGGGAGUAUGAAUGCGCAUUCUCAUUCAGUGCACAAGGAGGAACCAAUGAGAAAUGGCUCAUGAGUGUGGGCCUUGAUGAAGACAACCGGCAUUUUUCCUGCUCUGUGUGGAGGCCCACAGGGAAAUCAUACUUGUUUUUCACCUCGUUCAAAAUGGAGAUGAAGGGAGCCAAAGUUGAAUAUGCAAAUGCAUCCUCGCAAGUGGCAAUGGCAGCAGGACAGCGUGAUGUGGAGCUUAAUUCAGAGGAAUACACCAUCGAAGAGUCUGCAGUGACCCACACUGAAGGCAAGUUCAAGGCUCAACUGUCCAAGGUGAUGGCGGUCGGACGCACGAGACACGUCGAGCUGUGAGCGGCUGGCGCUCGGAAGCCGCGUCAGGCGUCCUUCCCGGGUGAGCUUCUGACUUUAAGCUCAUUCGUCAAUGGUCUUGGGGUAUUUGGAAGAAUGGCUGAGUGACUGAGGAGGAUCACCACAAUACAAGUGGGCAAGCAUUUGCCCCUCCCGGUGAUAAAUACCAUCAACAAGAUCCUUUUUAAGUUCAUUGUAUGAUGUUUUUACUUUAAAG